AGAGGAAAAGGCAAAACAAAAAAGGGAAAUGUAAUUCAAAAAUCGGUGGUUAUUAAUUGAUAAAAGAACACUAGUGUCUUAUAAGAUAGGGUCAUUGUUCUAAAAUCCCCACCUGAGUGAGUCUUCUUAGUUCAUGUGGUCCUUUCUACAGCAUAUUCCAAACACCAUCCACCCUUCCCAACAUUUAUGGAAUUUUUGUAUGCCAACCACAGCACCUGAUAACAGUGAUACUUGAAACCUCUCUCCCUCCCUUUAGGAAAAAAAAAACUUAUUUCUUUCACUUCCUUUCAUAUUCAAUGAUCCUAACUAAUUAAAUUCACCAUGAAACCAUCCUCUCUUCACAACUUCCUAAUUCUCUCUCCUAUAAAAACAAAGCUUCCUAAUUUCAUUCCAAGACUUAAAUCUCAAAUCUCUUAAAGACAACUACCUAGUCAUAAACUCAUGAUGUUUGGUUGUUAAAUAACAAAUCCUUCCACUAAAAACUUUAGUUUCUUUGACCAUAUUCCUCUUUCUCUUUCUUGUUAUCAGUUUUGUGAAGAGUAUUGAAACUUAUCAAAAAUGGAUCUUUUUCAAAACCCAUCUUCUCAAAAACCAAACAGAAUGGAAACAUCUAUAUGGGUUGCAAAACUUGUGCUCAUGUCCAUAGGAGUCAUCUCAAUUCUUGUUCUGUUGAAAGUUGCAAUAAUCCCAUACACAUUUGAUCUUGUUCUAUCAACUCUUCCUCAACUUUGGUUCUCAAUAAAAAGAUGGUUAACACUUCCUUUUCUUUAUAUUGUUGUUAACUUCAUCAUCAUCACCAUUGCUGCUUCUUCAAGCUUUUCUGAUCCCAAACACAAAACAACAACAACCAUUUUAGAAACUACCACCAACCCAAUUGAGCUAGAAGACCAAACAAAUGAACUACAUGAAGAAGAAAAAGAGGUUGAAGAAGUUGAAGAUGCUAAAGAAGAUGAAGAAGAGAAAAGGGUUGUUGAAGUUGAGGACUAUGAAUUGUUCUGCAACAAAUUCAUCACUGACCCAUCACAGAAAAAAUGCAGCAACGAUGACUACUUGACAAACUCUGAUGAUAAAGUUAAAGACUUUGGAUUAUUCUGCAGCAAACUCAUCAUUGACCCGUCAUCAGAAAAAUGCAGAAACGACUAUAACUUGAUAGAUUCAGAUGAUAAAGGUGAUGAUAUUGAUGACAGUUUGGAAGCAACAUGGAAAGCUAUAAUGGAAGGACAAGAGAAAACAAUGAAGCCACAUCUGAAGAAAAGUGAUACUUGGACUGCAAGGAUUGUGAAAGCAGAGCCAUUUCGUAACAAUGGUGGUUUUGGUGGUGGUGGUGGUGGUGAUGAUGGUGAUGAUCCUGUAGCUUGGGCUCAACGGGAAUUGAAAAAGUCAGAAACUUUCAAUGAUAGAGCUUCUUUGAGGAGAGAAAAAUCAAUAAGUCCCGAAGAAUUGAAUAAAAGGGCUGAAGCUUUUAUUCAGAAGUUUAACAAUCAGAUGAAGUUGCAGAGGCUUGAAUCUUAUCAACGUUUCAUGAAACUGGUCAACCGUGGUGUUUGAUGGUGAUGUGGUUCAUGUUAAUCUCUCUCUUUUUCACACCAGUCACAGUCAAAAUUUAGCAGAAAAAAUUGAUUCACUGCAAGGAUUUUAACCACUUGAAGGAUUUGAUGUGUACAUAUUUUUGCAACUGAGACUGUGUGAAGAGGCCAGGACAAGUUUCAGACACGGUGGACUUUUUUUCACAUGUUAAGUUUUUAGUGAUUUAAGGAACAUAAGUUAGUAUGUGAUUUUUGUUGUGUCUAAGUUAUUUACAUGUUCUAGUAGCUAUUCAGUAGUCUACUAUUUCUUAUGUUACUGAUAAGUUUGUAUUGAUCAUGUAGUUAUCAUAGACAACACUAUAAAUAUGAGGAUUAUUGUUUUCUAGUAAU